AUGCGAUUACUUGUUCUUGAAUUUAUGUCCAUUGGUUAUGACACUUCAGAGGUAAAACAAUUGCACUGGUCAACUCAGCUUUAUGACGAUGACUUCAAAGAUUUGACAGACUGCAAUCUAUACUGUGAAGUGACUCAUGGACCAAUUCCUCCAAGUUUCAGGGAUGGAAAGUUUGACAUUACCUCUUUAAGAUGUGACAACCAACCCAAUCCUGAGAUUUUACAGGUUUAUUUAACAAUGUGGCUGACAGAGGCAAACAUAGGCAUUCUCAAAGUGAAUGAGAUAUUUACAGUGGUUGGCGAGGAAAUGCAUGUUAGCAUUGUUUAA